AUGAGCUCGCCGCAGGACCAUCGCUCGAGCAGUCCUCGGCUAGGCUCAUUCAAACGUCCCUCAGUACUCAACGCAGACAACGACCCGUCACUCCUGGCCACAAGAGGCAGCGGCGCCUUGGUCUCGCUCAUUAGGAAUCGCUCCAAUGCCACUCUGCGAGAGUCGCUCAAGAGUCCGGCCUACCACCAGCUGGGUCACGACGAAGAGGACCAUGAGAACACUUCGCUACUGGGCUUCCUGCAUAGGGACUCGGACGAGGACCACCACCACCGCUCCGCCGCCGAGGAGCGCCGUCUAAGCGAACUCAUUUUCGGCCCUCAGAUGAGGAGCAUGCGCCUUAUCGGGAACAGCAACCCGCGCUAUCAAUGGGAGCGCUACUGGAAGACGGAGGCCGAGCUUGAAGUUAUGCCAAAGCAUAUCCGCGAAUAUUACGAGAGAAACAACGAUUUGAUUCGCAUGUACCUAUACAUCGACCAGCUCUUGGAUUCAUCCGUGCCCCACGAUCUGCUCAACGAGUAUCACCAAGCUCUAGACGCCUCGGCCUACCGCCCGGUCGACGUCCCCCAGACCAUUACCGAGGAGUCGCCAACUCCUACUUCACCUCCGUCCAGAGGCGGCCUCACCUACGGCAGCACUCCCUCCGCCCAAAACAGCAGCACGGAGCAGAGUAGUUCGGCAAACAGCAUACAGCAAAAGGCGAAACGUAAACCCAAAGACAUUUUUCGGUCCACCGAGGCGACCCCACUUCUCAAUGGCCACGAUGAGGAGGAAGGUUUAGCCGAUCAGCCCAAGCCCGAGAUUCCGUGGCUGGAGGACUCUGACCUUGACAGCAGCGACCCCAUCGUCACUCUCGCCAUUUGGGUCAAUUUUAUCGCGAACGCAGCAUUGCUGAUUGGAAAGAUUCUCGUUGUCGUCUCCGUUCCUUCGGUCUCAGUACUCGCUAGUUUGGUUGACGCGGUUCUCGACUUCCUCAGCACGGCGAUUGUGUGGACGACGACUCGGCUCAUUGCCACCAGCCAAAAUGACCAGCAUUCAUAUCCUGUGGGCAGACAGCGUCUCGAGCCUCUUGGCGUGCUGGUCUUCUCCAUCGUCAUGGUUACGUCCUUCUGCCAGGUCGCUCUCGAAGCUAUCCAGCGUCUCAUGUCGCCCGACCACGAAAUCGUUCAGCUAGGCAUUCCGGCCAUCUCCAUCAUGGUUGGUACUGUUGUGAUAAAAGGCUUGUGCUGGCUCUGGUGUCGUCUCAUCAAGAAUUCGAGUGUUCGGGCGUUGGCCGACGACGCCGUGACCGAUGUCAUCUUCAACACCGGUUCCAUCCUGUUCCCCAUCAUUGGCUACUUUGCCAAAGUUUGGUGGCUAGACGCUCUAGGUGGUCUGCUACUAUCUCUCGUCGUCAUCGUCAACUGGAGCGGAACUUCGAUGCACCAUGUCCGAAAUCUGACGGGCUUCUCGGCGACUUCGGAUGAGAGAAAUCUCCUCCUUUACCUCACUAUGCGCUUCGCUACGUCCAUCAAGCAGAUUCAGAAUUUGCGCGCCUAUCACGCGGGCGACAAGCUUUUCGUUGAGGUCGACAUCGUCCUCAACGCCAAUAUGCCUCUAAAGGAUAGUCACGAUCUCAGCGAGGUCCUGACAUACUUCCUCGAGUCGGUGCCCAUUGUCGACCGCGCCUUUGUGCAUGUCGACUACGCGACGUACAACGUUGACACGCAUAUCACUCAAUAA